AUGGAGACAGACUUGUCUAAGGCUGAAAAACUUCGGCGUCGCCAGGAACAACUAGCGAAAUGGAAGCUUAAAAAGACGCCAACCUCGCAGGAAACCACGCCAGUGGCUGAAGAUCCUGUUUCGGCGGAGGAAAAGAAAAGACUCGAGAGGCAGAAAAAGCUCGAAGAGUGGAAACGUAAGAAACAGCAGCAGAACAUCAACCAGGAGAAAGGCAAAGAUACAACUCUCGAGGAAAAGAGGAGAAAGCUUCAGGAAUGGAAACACAAACGUCAAGAAACUGCUGGAGCCAGUAAGGCCGUGGUCCGGAACCUUUUGAGUGGCAUUUCAAAAUCCAAACCGAAGAAACCUGUCAAUGGAGUAAAACGAAUGGUUUUCGACGACGAAGAUGAAUCUUCGGUAAGCAAACCUGUGUUCAAGAAGCCUGCAAUGGCUAAAAGUGAAUAUAAGCAAGUACAGGAAGAAGAAGAAGAUGCACUCGACAAAUUUCUAGAGGGUCUCGAUGAGUCCGAUAAAGUCGAUAAAGUCGAGCAGACUAUAGAACUGGACGAGGAGGAAGAUGUGGAGAUCGACGAUGAUGAUGAGCUCUUGAACAGAAAGAUCAAGAAUUUGCAACAAGGUAAGGAGUUGGUGCAGGUUGAUCAUGACAAGAUCGAUUAUCUCCCGUUCAAGAAGUGUUUCUACACUGAACCUCAAUCGGUGAAAGAUUUGAGUGAUGAGGAAGUCAUAGCAUUGCGUCUUGAAAUGGAUGGUAUCAAGGUCACUGGCAAGGAUUGUCCACGGCCCGUGUGGAGUUUCACCCAAUUGGGAUUAUCUGCGCUUAUAAUGUCGAUUAUGGAAGAGAAAUUGGCAUACACAAAACCUACAUCGAUUCAGAGUCAAGCACUUCCAGCCAUCAUGUCAGGGCGAGACUUUUUGGGAAUUGCCAAAACGGGCUCCGGAAAGACGUUGGCUUUUGUGCUACCCCUUCUCAAGCACGUACAAGAUCAGCCACCUCUUGAAAAGGGCGAUGGUCCAAUUGCUAUACUUCUCACACCAACUCGAGAAUUGGCCCUACAAAUCUACAAGCAGCUCACAUACUUCACCAAGAAGUUAGGGAUUUCCGCAUGUUGCUGCUACGGAGGUUCAUCAAUUGAACCUCAAAUUGCCGAAUUGAAGAAAGGCUCGCAGGUGUUGGUUUCCACCCCUGGACGACUUAUUGACUUGUUGGCUGCAAACGGAGGACGUGUGUGCAACUUAAAGAGAGUUACAUAUGUUGUUUUGGAUGAAGCUGACCGUAUGUUUGAUUUUGGAUUCGAACCUCAGGUUAAGAAGAUCUUUUCCCAGAUCCGACCAGAUAAGCAGAGUAUACUCUUUUCCGCCACGUUUGCGAAGAAGUUGGAGAUGUUAGCCAAAUUGACGCUUCGUGAUCCUGUGGAGAUUGUGGUUGGUGGCAUCAGUGUGGUUGCACCUGAGAUCACACAGAAAGUUGAGUUUUUCGAAGAAACUGAGGACCAGGAAUUGGAGGCACUUAAAUUCCAAAAGCUUGUGGAAAUUCUCAAAGCAAAUGGAGGAAUCAAGAAGUUAGUUUUUGUGGAGAAGCAAGAUUCUGCCGAUCGUUUAUUGGUGAAGCUUCUAGAACAAGAUGUGCCCAGCUUAGUUAUCCACGGAGGAAAGGACCAAAUCGAUCGGAAGUACGCCAUCAAGGAGUUUUCGGCUAAAAACAGCGGCGUGGACGUUCUUAUUGCAACAUCCAUUGCUGCCAGAGGCUUGGAUGUGAAGGGCCUAGACUUGGUGGUCAAUUACGAUCCACCUAAUCACAUGGAAGACUAUGUUCAUCGAGUUGGGCGGACUGGAAGAGCAGGAAAUUCUGGAACAGCAUACACAUUUGUUUCUUCGCAACAAGAGCGACCUAUUACAGACCUAGUUAAAGCCUUGAGACUUAGUAAGGUUCCCGAGGACGAGAUCGAUGCUCGCCUAGUGAAGAUAUCUGAAACUUUCUUGGGUAAGGUCAAGGACGGUAAAGAGAAAUUUCGGUUUGGAUUCGGAGGAAACGGAUUGAACAAACUUGACGAGUUGAGAAACACGAACCAACUGGUGGAUCGUAAAGCACACGAUAUUGAUGGAACUAGAGAAGUUAAAGCAUUCACACCAAAAGCAGACAGCCGCGAGGCUAGCCAGGGUCCACAAAUUGAUCUUCCAGAGUUUACAGUAAUUGAGGGCCGUGCAGAAGAAACCGCUGGCCCGGAUAGGUGCAAAUUUCACUCACGAAUCACCAUCAACGACUUACCUCAGAAGGCCAGAUGGACGGUGGUUAAUGCAGACAGUUUAGCAGAGAUCAUUGAGGCGACAUCAACGUCCAUCACCAACAAGGGCCAGUUUUAUCCUCCAAAUACUAAAGUUCCUACAACAAUCAAGGUGGGAGGAAAAGAGGUCACUGCACCACCUCGACUUUACUUACUUAUUGAAGGUCUUACUGAGAGUUCAGUUAAUGAGGCCAAUAGAAUGAUCCGACAGAAAAUGCUCGAAGGUUUGGAAUUGGCUGAAAAAGAUGAUAAUUCUGCUCCGUCGGGAAAGUACACUGUUUGA